AACAAGCUUCUCUUCAGUGGUUUGCUCAACUUUCUCUUACAGGACGCUAGCCCACUCUUCUCCCGGUAUUUUCACUUUUUCGUCGGCUGGAAGUCACUCUUUUGCUGGGGGGGAGUUUUGUUUUGCCCUGCGUCGAGCUCCCAAGCGACCAUUCAAGGGCAAAAGCGACCUGGAGGAGCGGGAGGAGGGCGUUCUCGCUUAAAAAGUCACUAUGGAGGUUCCCGGCAUGCAGAGUUCGCAGAUCGAUCCGGAAGAAUUGUUCACCAAACUGGACCGCAUCGGCAAAGGAUCCUUCGGAGAGGUGUUCAAAGGCAUCGACAACCGCUCGCUGAGCGUGGUGGCCAUCAAGAUCAUCGACCUGGAGGAGGCCGAGGACGAAAUCGAGGACAUCCAGCAGGAGAUCACGGUGCUGAGCCAGUGCGACAGUCCCUACAUCACCAAGUACUACGGCUCCUACCUCAAGGGCAGCAAACUGUGGAUCAUCAUGGAGUACCUCGGUGGAGGUUCUGCACUCGACUUGCUUCGCGCGGGUCCGUUCGACGAGUCCCAAAUCGCCACCAUGCUGAAGGAGAUCCUGAAGGGUCUGGACUACCUUCACUCGGAGAAGAAGAUCCACAGAGACAUCAAAGCCGCCAACGUGCUUCUGUCGGAGCACGGCCAGGUGAAGCUGGCCGACUUCGGCGUGGCCGGUCAGCUGACGGACACGCAGAUCAAGCGGGAGACCUUCGUGGGGACGCCGUUCUGGAUGGCGCCCGAGGUCAUCCAGCAGUCCGCGUACGACUUCAAGGCGGACAUUUGGUCGCUGGGCAUCACCGCCAUCGAGCUGGCCAAGGGGGAGCCCCCCAAUUCGGAAAUGCAUCCCAUGAGGGUGCUCUUCCUCAUCCCCAAGUCGCCGCCCCCGACGCUGACGGGCGACUUCUCCAAGAGCUUCAAAGAGUUCACCGAAGCCUGCCUCAAUAAGGACCCCGCCUUCCGUCCCACCGCCAAGGAGCUGCUCAAGCACAAGUUCAUCGUCAAACACUGUAAGAAGACGUCCUACCUCAGCGAGCUGAUCGACCGAUACCGGAGGUGGCGCGAGCAGGGCCACGGCGACAGCAGCCCCGACGACUCCGACGGCGAGUCCGGCGACAAGAAGGACGAGGAGUCCCCCGAGUGGAGCUUCACCACCGUCCGCAAGCGGAAGACGGACGAGCGGCCGCACAUCAACGGACAGCUGAGGAGCGACGGGCACGCCGAUGUCAGCGCGUCCUCCAGUCUCGCCGCCGUCAUCUCGCCCGUCUUCACCGAGAUGAAGCAGCAACACAAGGAGUACUCUGAGAAGCGAUUGGCCAUCGAAGAGCUGGAACGUAACAUCGGAUUGGCCGAGGACGUGUGCCCGGGCAUCACGGACCGCAUGGUGACGCGCAUCAUCGCCAGGUUCAACGCCAGCUGAGGAUAGACGGGCGAGUGGACGCGGCGACGAGAGACUGUGUCUCAGCGUGGCCGCGCUUUCAAAUCGGAGAUCUGCUGUGCAAUGUCUCCACACACACACACACACACACACACACACGUCAUUUCCUUGACUGCUGCUGGACAAAGAAGUGAUGAGUUGCGAUGCUUUGUGGCGCUGUGGUCCUCUUGUUCUAAUCCAGCAGCACCGCUUUACCUUUUGUUGAUUUGUAAACGCAAAUAUUUGCUCAGUCGCACUUGGCGAAGAUGAUAUGCCAAUAUUCUUUUGUUGUCCUCAGUAACACUUGAAAAAGAGUAGCAGCAUCCUCAUUUACCAACAAAGCAAAAUGAAGGCCACAUAAGAGGAGCGCUUAGUCAAGUGUUACUGACAGUUUGAACCAAAGACACCUAUAAACUUGGUCAUUGUGUAUAUUAUUUUUGUAUGUAUAGGAUAAGGGAUGUUACGAUGCUUACACAGCGGGAACGUACUAUUUUUAGGAAAAUGUUUUCCUCUUUAGCGGGACGUAGAGUUUUAUGAAUAAAUAUUUAAGCUUGA